AAAAUGUCAACAAACACAUUACAUUACGAAGGAUGCAAUUUCUUUCGACAAAGACUUGUUUUAGCAACACUUAGUGGUCGAUCAGUUAAAAUAAAAAAGAUACGUUCUAAAGACGAUGAUCCAGGUCUCAAAGAUUUUGAAGCAAGCUUUAUUAGAUUAUUAGACACACUUACUAAUGGUUCUAAAAUAGUUGUCAGUGAAACAGGAACAAGUUUGUUGUAUCAGCCAGGUAUUUUAGUGGGAGGAUCAUUUGAACAUGACUGUAAUCCACAAAGAUCUAUAGGUUACUUCUUAGAGGCCAUUAUUUCAUUAGCUCCUUUCACCAAAAAACCUAUCACUGCAAAAUUAAGAGGCGUUACAAAUGAUAAAAUAGAUCCAUCUGUUGAUCUAAUUCGUUUAACAACUUUACCAAUAGUCAAAAAAUUCUUAGGAACAGAUGAAGGAGUAGAAAUCAAGAUUAAUAGAAGAGGAGCAGCCCCUGAUGGUGGAGGAGAAGUUUUAUUUACUUGCCCAUGUCGUCAAAAAUUACGUCCAGUACAGUUUAUAGAUCCUGGAAAAAUCAAAAGAAUUAGAGGAAUAGCAUGGGCAGCUCGAGUGUCACCAGCAGUAACUAACAGAAUGGUUGAUGCUACAAGAAGUAUAUUAAAUAAAUUUUUAACAGAUAUUUAUAUUUAUACUGAUCAUGUCAAAGGCAGUCAAUCUGGCAAGUCUCCUGGGUUUGGCUUAACAUUAGUUGCUGAAACAACAAAUGGUGCAUUCCUUGGUGCUGAACAAUCAUCUAGUGCCAAAGGAUCUGGUGACCCUCCUACAAUACCUGAAGAUUUAGGCAAAGAAACAGCUAAAAAUUUACUGGAAGAAAUAUAUAGGGGAGGUUGUGUUGAUACCACUAAUCAAAGUGUAGCAGCAUUAUUUAUGGUAUUAGGUCAACAAGAUGUGUCCAAAAUACAAAUAGGACAAUUAACUCCUUACAGUAUUCACUUCUUACGGCAUAUCAAAGAGUAUUUUCAGUUAAUGUUUAAAAUUGAUCCAGUACAAGUUGCAGAAGAAGAGGAAGAUUUACAGAUAGGAGGAGAGAAAUUAUUAUUAACUUGUGUUGGUAUAGGAUAUUCUAAUGUCAGUAAAGCUAUUUUAUGAUCC